GGGCUGAUGGAGAAGAGUCCACAGGGCAGGAGAGCUGCAUCCCCCUUGGCACUCAGCCACCCCUUCUACUCUUGGGUUGCUAUGGGAAACUUAUGAUAAUCUGAGAGGAAGUAAGCCCCAGUAACAUUGCAGCUACUCAUGAUGUGCCUGAAGUGAAGAGUAUGGGGAACACUUAACAUAUCCGAGUGCCAAGGUUCUGCUGUGUCAUGGCUACGGACUCUGGUGAAUCAGCCAGCACAGAGGAACCGGAGAAACCCAAUGGAGUUCCUUUGGAAUGUAGGGACCUCUCUGUUGACGGCACUUUGACCAUGGAGGCUAGGACCAAAGAAGGGGUCGACACGUCUGCCUCUGUGGCAGCCACAGAGAGGAAGAGGUUUUUCCGAAAGAGUGUGGAGAUCAUGGAGGAUGAAAAGGUCUUCGAGCCUGCUCCAGCGGAUGCACCGGAGCGGUUUACGGUAGGCGGACGGAGAGUCAGCGAUCUGGCCGCCAGCACCCUAGUGGCGGGGCAGGAGAUCAGAAAUGAACAUGGCUUGAAGGUGACUUUGGAAGCAUCCAAGGAAAGGACCAAGAAGGAAAUAGAAGAGGAAGCAGAGAUGAAGGCUGUGGCUACCUCACCGGGUGGAAGAUUUCUAAAAUUUGACAUUGAACUGGGGAGAGGAGCUUUCAAAACCGUAUUCAAGGGUCUGGACACAGAAACCUGGGUGGAAGUUGCGUGGUGCGAACUGCAGGACAGGAAGCUGACAAAAGCAGAACAGCAGAGAUUUAAAGAAGAAGCUGAGAUGCUUAAGGGGCUGCAGCACCCUAACAUUGUCCGAUUUUAUGAUUCCUGGGAAUCCACAGUUAAAGGAAAGAAGUGCAUCGUAUUGGUAACUGAGCUGAUGACAUCUGGCACUCUGAAAACGUACUUAAAGCGUUUCAAAGUCAUGAAGCCCAAAGUCUUAAGGAGCUGGUGCCGCCAGAUCUUAAAAGGGCUGCAGUUCCUGCACACCAGGACCCCUCCCAUCAUCCACCGGGAUCUGAAAUGUGACAACAUUUUCAUCACAGGCCCCACUGGCUCAGUGAAGAUUGGGGACCUAGGACUGGCCACCUUAAUGCGCACGUCCUUCGCUAAGAGUGUCAUUGGAACUCCUGAAUUCAUGGCUCCCGAAAUGUACGAAGAACAUUAUGACGAGUCUGUAGACGUCUAUGCGUUUGGAAUGUGCAUGCUGGAGAUGGCGACCUCCGAGUACCCUUACUCUGAAUGCCAAAAUGCAGCUCAAAUCUACCGAAAAGUAACCAGUGGCAUUAAACCUGCUAGUUUUAACAAGGUGACUGACCCAGAGGUGAAAGAGAUCAUUGAAGGUUGCAUUCGGCAAAACAAGUCUGCAAGAUUGUCUAUUAGAGAUCUCUUGAACCAUGCCUUUUUUGCUGAGGACACUGGGCUUAGGGUGGAGCUGGCAGAGGAGGAUGAUGGGUUGGAUUCCUCCUUGGCUUUGCGACUGUGGGUGGAAGAUCCCAAGAAGCUGAAAGGCAAGCACAAAGACAAUGAAGCGAUUGAGUUCAGUUUCAACCUGGAAACAGACGUCCCAGAGGAAGUAGCUUGUGAAAUGGUGAAGUCAGGAUUCUUCCAUGAAAGUGAUUCUAAAGCUGUUGCUAAAUCCAUCAGAGAUCGGGUCACCCUGGCCAAGAAGAUACGGGAGCGGAGGCAGGUGGGCUACUUAGAGGAAAGGAAGGAUUUCCAGGGCAAGCUGCCCAGUGGUCUGCCGCUGCUCCAGCCACCGGGCUCAUCGUUCACCUCUCUUUGCCAGCCGAGCAAGACGGAAUGUGAAGAAACGGAGGUGGAUCAGCAUGUUCGGCAGCUGACCCUUCAGCAAAUGCGGCAGAGCUCCUCUCUCAUAGCUGACAGCUCAUCUGAGAGAGGAGUGGUGUCCCUUACACUGUCCGAUGCCUCCAGCCAACAUAGCCUGGCUUUCUCCUCCGAACAGAUGGCGGGCGCCCAACCAGCCUCCAAUCCCUCCCAAAUCGAAAACAGUGUACAAGGACAAAUCUACACAUCCCAGCAACUGGUGGGGCAUUAUCAGCCAAUGCCAGGGAUGCAACAGCCGCCAACGAAUGUGCCCCACCCCCAGGCUUUGCCACUCGCCCAGGCUCCGUCUUCAGCUCUGCCUGCCCACAGCUUGGCACCACCUGCAGCUUGCCAAGCACAGGUUUCCCCUGCUGCAGUUCAGCCGCUCGCACCACGGAUGCUUCCAGAUUCACAAGCACCCUAUAGCGUAGAGGGACAGACUUUGGAUGGAUCUGUCAUGGGAGUCCCUCAGCAGAUCUUGGCCGUAGCCUCCCCGCAGACGAUGAACCAGCAUGUGCCCGCCAACAAGCAGCGGGACUCUGCUGCUCAGGCGGCUACUGCCCAGGCUUCAGCUGCUGUGGGGUCAGUGGAACUGGAGCCCCUGUCCACCAGCUUCGUGCCCGUUGGUCACUCACCUGCGCUACAGGGGAAACCCUCAGUUCAGUUUAUCAACAAUAUUCAGAAUUUGGCCCAGGGCCCCCCUAAUGCCUCGGCUGCGCAGCCCGUUCCACUAGGAGUCGCAUCCGUGCAACAGCCUCAGCAAGUUCACCAGCAGGCAGCAUCUGCCCAGCAGCCCCAGCAAGUUCCUGAACAGCGAGCAUCCGCCCAGCAGGCUGCCCAGCAGGGGACACCCGCACAAGUUCCGCAGCAAGUGACACCUACGCAGCAGGUUCUCCAGCAGAUUCCUCUGCAGCUGGCCUCCAUGCAGUCACUGGUGUCUACACCGCAGCCCCAGCAAGUGGCCUCCAUGCAGCAGCCUCUGCAAGUCCCGCAGCCGGGGGUGCCCCUACAGCCGCCUCAACACGUUCCCCAGCAAGUGCCAUCCAUGAAUAAAGUUCCAGUCAUGCCGCAGUCCCAGCAGAUUCCCCAGCAUGUGGCCUCCCUGCAGCAGAACCAGCAGGUGGCAUCGAUUCAACCGCUUCCGCAGGUGGCAGUCCUGCAGCAGCCUGCACAAGUGGCCAAGCCAGUUAAUUCCCUGCAGCCGCCGCAGCAGAUGGCUUCCAUUCAGCAGACCCAGCAAGUGGUGUCAGCAGCACAUCAGAUCUCUACCCUGCCACAGCCUCAGCAAAUGGUACCAGUGCAGCAACACCAGCCAUAUCAAGAGAUGUCCGUAGAUGCUUUGGUGCAGGCAUCUCUGGUCCAGCCAGAGCAGCAGGCUCUCCCAGUCCAUCAGCCAGCAGGUCAGCAUGCUUGUGCAGCGCAGCAGAUGUUGUACCACCUUCCUAUGCAGCAACAGAAACAGGAGCAGUUUGUUUUUCAUGCAAGUUCUACAGAGCAAUUGCCAGCUGCUGUUCAGCAGGGCACGGAAAUGCAGCCACAGGCGGAGUGCUCAGGUUCAGCUCUGGAACAGGUGGCGCAUCCAGUGCAAAACCAGUACCAGCUGCAGGCCCAAGAUCAACGAAUAUAUCCAGUCCAGUCCCCGUAUCAGCUUCGGCCUUCUGAGCAGCCGAGGCACCAAGCGCAGCCAAAUAACCAGCUGCAAGCCUCUGAACCUGUAGCAUGUCAGGUGCAUGCUGCUUACGCAACGCAGGGUCCAGAGCAGCCUCCCUGCCCGGAACAAUUUGUUUUUGGAGUUCCCGGGGCCUAUCCAGGGCAGCCCUUGGACCAGCCAACGUAUCCAAUGCAGCCUUUCUAUCCUGGGCAGGCAGCUUACAUAACUCAGCCAAUGCCAUAUCCUGCUCAGCCUCCAGAGAUCCAGCGACCUCCCUCAGCAGUUCACACUGCAGAGCAGCCGAGUUUUGGUGCGCACUCUCCUGAGCAACCAGCAUACAGGAUGCAGGAUGGUAGCACCAGCUGCAUGGAACAACAGAUCUGCUUGGCACAGCCCAUAGAAAUCCAUGCUUAUUCCGAGCAACAGCCAUCUGAGCUGCCUACCUAUGUGGUCCAGCAAGAUCCUAUCAUAGGGAACCAACAGCUGCAGCUCACUCAUAUAGUACCUAGGCUUGCUGAAGGGCAACAGUCAGGAUUGCAAGCCCCUACCCCCCUUUCCCAGUCAUCUUUCAUACCACACAUCCAGCCCCAGCCUCCUCACCAGGAGUUCUGCCAACAUUCUGCCCCUCAACUGCAGGCUUCUGGCUUGGCUCAGCCACUCAAAAGCACAGCCCCACAGUCUGUCCCAAGCCCUUUACAGGCUCUGUCCCCUGUGCCUGAGCAGCCAGAAGAACCUUAUGCAAUGCAGCCGCCCUCUGAACUGCCAGCGUUCUUGCACAGCACGCCUCUCCCCCCGCAGCCUCAAGCACUUCAUCCCACGGACGACAACCAGCCCUCGACCCGCCUUCCACAGCAGCCGGUCUGUCAGGCAGAGUCGGUGGCCCGGCAGCAGGUCUCUUCCAAGGGUUCUGUGGCAGCACCCUGGAACUCGACAGUGUCCCAUAGCGCGUUGACACAGUCACAGGAUCCAGGACAAGUUGCCCCACAGGCUUCCAUUUCAGCACCAGAACAACAGCUGGCUGCUCAGAAGCAAGACUCUGUUCAAGGCCUAAUUCCUGAUGCAGCCCCGCCAAAGGAAGGCGCCAACGGAAGUGACCUUCCAAGUGGAAACAGCAAGCAAGACAAGAGCAAGCAAAGGAGGGCUUCCUGUGCCCGAGCCGAGAAGGGAACCAAAUUUCAGCUCACGGUGCUCCAGGUUUCAACAUCCGGGGACAACACUGCGGAGUGUCAGCUAGAGACUCAUAACAACAAGAUGGUGACUUUUAAAUUUGAUGUUGAUGGAGAUGCUCCAGAAGACAUCGCUGAUUACAUGGUUGAAGAUAACUUUGUACUGGAAAACGAGAAAGAGAAAUUUGUGGAGGAACUGAAGGCUAUUGUUUGCCAGGCCCAGGACAUUGUUCGUAGCCUUCCUGCUGAAGAGAAAGCCUCUGGCAUGGAUGCGGCUGCUUCCGGCCCAGCCUCUGUCCAAACAGGAUCUUCUGAUCAAGUUCAGAUAAACCCAGCAUCUACUCAAACUGGCAGCGAGUCUGCUCCCCAGUCCUCUCCUGUUGGGCGCUGGAGGUUUUGCAUCAACCAGACAAUAAGGAACAGAGAGUCCCAGGCUCCCUGCGCUCUUGUACAGUCAACUGCCACUGAUCCAGGGUGUCAGACAGCAGACCUGCAAAAGGAGAGCACGAAGGAGGAUCGUCCCCAGGAUUGUCCACAGGCUGUGGAAGACGUUAGAAGCCAGCAUAGGCUCACCCCACCUUCCAGCUCAAGCGAGCUCAUGUGUGACAGUGUAGUGUGUGAACCUCAAGUGCUGGAAAUGGAGCAGCUGGUUCUUCCUCGCCACUCAGAAGACAGCGUGGACAACCUGCUUCCUGCCAUUGGUGGCGACAAUAGCGAGGGUGUUAUUCAUGCGCCCACUGCCUCCCUGGCAUCUCUGGGGACAGAGACCCAAGUUAAUGACAUUCACUUAUCUUUGCGUUUGCCCCAACCAACACCGGAUAGUGUUGAGCUGAAUUUGUCCACUGAGGCCAUCACCUCCACACAACCCCCCAGUCAUGUCCUGGCCGCUGAGAAAGCCAAUGGCUCUGUGUAUGCUGAGCAGGCCUGUUCUUUGGCUCAGAGCCCAGGCCAGGAAGGUGCUUCCUCCCUGUCCGCUCUGGAGCCAGAUAGCGAGGGCCCUCCCAAGAUGGACUUUGCCGACAACAAGAUCAAAAGCCUGGACGAGAAGCUGAGGACACUUCUGUACCAGGAACACAGCUUGUCAGGCACCUCCCCGGAGAGCCAGAAAGACACACCCAGUGCACUGGAGUCUCCCUUCUCCUCUUCUUCUGCUGAAGACACUCUUCCCUACCUGGUGCCUGAAGUCCAGAACCUCGAUUCCCCAAGGGAGGCCCAGCAAAGCCCCGCCAAGUCUCCAGACCCCGAGGGUGUGCUCAGUCCAUGUUCAGGUCAUCCCGAGGGUUUGCCAGUACCGAAGAGGGAGCCCAGUGUUAUCACUUCUGCUCCUAAUGAUCUCUGUAUGCAUGAGAUGUCCUUGGAGAAUUCAUUUCCUGAGAACCCAGUGGCCUGUUCUGCUUCAGCAUCAAGUGGUGGAGCUGUGCACCUGCAUGCAGGAGAAUUUGCAGCAGAGGAAAUAAAAAGUGAAGUUGCUUCUGACUGGGCUUCUCCUCCUAAACAAGCAACGGUGGAGCAUGAAGGAACUGGUCGAUCUAAACCUGUGGCUGGGUCAUUUCAGCGAGGUCGAUUUCAGGUCAUGUCAGUGCCACAGCAGGUGGCUCCUGGUGGCUCCACAGCCGGCCUCUGUGAGGAGCCUGGAGUGGGAGAAGCUGCUCCCCAACAGGGAGACAUCGUGGUGGGGGCCACGGGUGAAACAGAUGUGCUGUCCACCCCCCCUGAACAGCAGGAGCUGGAGGAGACCUUUGUGCCUGCCGGCAGUGGGCUGCCUGACCCUGAGCCAUGGACCAAGGGCUGCUUUGUGCGGAAGCAGCCUAGCUCGGACAGUGAACUUUCUGCCCCGGUGGGCUGGGAGCAAGACCAGCAGGUGCAAGAGGAGCGGGGUGGCACCCACGCCACUGCCAAGAGGAGGCACAGUUCCUUCUUUUACUCCCCAUCGUCCCCAAUGAGCAGCGAUGAUGAGUCUGAGGUUGAAGAUGAGGACCUGAAGGUGGAGCUGCAGCGUUUGCGGGAGAAGCACAUUCAGGAGGUAGUAAAUCUUCAGGCUCAGCAGAACAGGGAGUUACAGGAAUUAUAUGAACGGCUUCAAUCCAUCAAAGAUAGCAGGUCAGAAUCACCUGAAGUCUCCCUGCAACUGUCUUCUCCACGCCGGCCCAGAUCUUUCAAAAGCAAGCUGCGCAGCAGGCCCCAUUCUCUCUCACAUGCUGACAAUGGCAUUGUUGCUGCGGAAUGCUGCUGUGCUACCACUGCUGCUUCUGUGAUAGACUAUCAGCUGAGCAUUCAGGCCCACCUGCUGCACCAGAGCUGCUCCCAAGCAGAGCCUAGCCAAGAUCCACUCUGCAUCGUCAGCAGCGCUGCGUCUUGUCAGCAGGCCCCAGCCAGCAAGAAAGGGAUGUUCACAGAUGACUUGCACAAGUUGGUGGAUGACUGGAGAAAAGACAAGGUGGGCAACUCCCUGAUCAAGCCAAGCCUCAACCAGAUGAAGCAGAACAAGCAGCGGCUGGACACCGGCAGCUGGAGCCAAGCAGACGAGGCAACAACAUCUACAGUGGGCUACACAUCAACGUGGAUUUCCACGCUUUCCCAGAUCCGUGGGACUGUACCAGCUGCACUGCCCCAAGGACUUCCCCUGUCACCCUUUCCUGGCACGCUGACAUCCUAUGGAGUGCCCCAUGUAUGCCAGUACAACACCGUGGCAGGGACAGCUUACCCAGCACAGUGGGUGGGCAUUUCUGGCACAGCCCAGCAGCCUGUUGUUGUCCCUGCUCCACAGCUGGGACCGUUUCAGCCAGCGAUGAGCAUGUCUGCCUUUCCCGCAUCACCUGUGCAAAACCCAGCUCCCAUCCCCCCAGGCCCUAAAUGAAGGCGGGUGGCUAACGGAUGAUAAAUAUGGGGACUGUGCCUACAACUCAUGAAUCCAUUCUUCUGCCUUGCAUUCUGUGGCCUGGAUUUGGGGGUGACUCCCCCAAUGCAGCAACAUGGGAGUGGUGGGAGACUUGCCUUUGCAUUCUCCUCUUUGAAUACUUGAUUUAAUUUUCUUGGGGAGCGAGGAUUUUUUUAGGUACUUGAGAGCUUUGACCUGUACAUCUCACUGUUCUUGAGAUGGACAGCAUGCCCACCUGCGGCCUUCCCUUCUGGCCCCUUCCUUCCCUCCAUUGCAACUCUUUGGGGGGCUAAUCAUUACCCUCCUUGAAUAGUACACAUCCUGGUGUUCAAAUUAGUUUAUGGAAGGGGAGGGAACAGCAGCGGGGAAGAACAGUGUCUCAGAUUUACCUUCAUUUUAGGUUCUGCCUGGUUUCAUUGGCAGCUCAGAUUUUUAGGCCAGCUUGGGGUAAAAAAAUGACUCCAUGAGUGUGACUAGCUCUUGGGGAGCCCUGCUCCUCCUGGGCGAGAAGCCACCUAGGGCGGGGAGCGGGACAGAGAUAUGUAGCAAAGUCUGUGGCUGUCCCUGGGCAACUGAAUGCAGCCGUUUCAUCCGAUGGCAGCUAGCUGAUCACACGCACACCACAUUCAAGGGACGCAUUGGCUUUUAUACUGGGGUUGUGUUUUUUUCAUUAAAAGCUUAUUUUGCAUUUGGCAAAAAAGAAAUCUUUAUAUGAUGAAGACUGUGGGGCGGAGGGCUGGGGAGGGGGGCGGUGCCCAGGGAACUCUUCUCCUGUUCCAUCUCUUCUGUUUGCACCUUGUUUGUGAUCAUACUUGAUGCGUCCUUUUGGUGGACUGAAAAUUGUGUGUGGAAACAGGGUCAUGUGCAGAAUUUUUUUUCCGUUUAGUGGACUGCCUUACAGUGAAUUAGAUGAAUAAAGGUUCUUAGAGUAGAUGAACAAGGUUGACUCUUGUGGCCUAAAAUACUACACGGCUGCUGUGCUUGAUCACUGCCAAAAUUAAGCAGGCCCUAUUUGCGGACAACUUUGGCAAGUUAGAUAAGCAUGUAUGGCAAAAACAAAGUAGCACGGGCAAGGUUUCUUGCCAUUUUGUCCCAUCCAACCUUAAAAAAGGAAAUUGUCAGUUGCAACCAUGUAGUGAUCCAGAAGUCUGCUGUAUAAUUUACAUGAAACGCCACAAUUUUUUGCUGUUGUGUAUCCCAUACACCCCCAGUCCUAUAUCUUGCCUGCCUGUGAGUUUUAUGCAUAUGAGAUCAUCUUGACAAGAGAUUCACUUGAUUUGAUGAUAUCACAGUGGCUUGAUUGAGCUCUAAAGUAUGGAAGUUGUCACAGCAAUUACCUUUCUGCUGUCUCUUGCUUCUUUAUAUUGGCAUUUCUGCCUCAUCGGAACAUUUUAAAAUGUUGUGUCUCAGUGACUUCUUUCUCCUUCAGAUCCCAGAAACUUUUGCUGAUGCUUUCCUGUAUUUGCCUCUCCCCUUUGUACACUUGGACUGAGAAUUGCAAAUCUCGAAUGUAUCUUGAAUUCACAGAGUUAAAUGUUUAUCUCUAGGGUGUUGUAAGAGAUUUGUAAUUCUGUAGAAAAUUGAAGCAAGCUUGCUUGGCUGAGGAAUAUUUGGAGGAGAAUAAGGAAAAGGAGGCGCUUGCCGUGCAAUUAAGACAGAGUCUUUGGACUCCCGCCAAUUGCAUCCCAUUUGGAGGAAUGGGAUUAAACUGUUUUAGACAAAGUACUUUGGUUUAAUUGUAUGUGGAUUGGGCUGUUGGGCUUCCUGUAAUACUUUUCCUUUUUGGGAUGGGUAAUCAUGGGAAACAAACCACUUGUUUUAACUAGGCCUCUUAAAAUAGCAUUCUCAACUUAAUCUGUUCUUGGAGCACGUGGGCAUUUUGAGGCUCUUUCCCAUCCCACUCUAUUCCCAGGCAAAAAGAAAUGGUUUCCUUGCAUCGUGCAGCCUCCUUAUUCUGCCUGCAAAGAUUUGCCGUGCCUUGUGAUAGAUAAUCUUUAGCAUCUUUUCAGAUUUUUACUGGAAAGUUUAAAAAAAUUGUUUACUCUUCUGAGGUUUGAUGUUUAAACAGUGCAUUGCUAUUCGGCAGUGACGGUAUUACGUACUCAAGAGAAAAGAUCCAGUUUGAAGGACAGAAGAGAGAACAGUGUUAUGUCACUUCCUUUGUAAAAAAAACACACACACACGCCCAUCCUCUAGUCUUACUUCUUUUGUUCUUGUUUUCAUCUCUUUAAAAAUAGACACUUAGAUUCAAAUAUAUGUUUUCUAAGUGGAGAUGGGGAUUGACAAGAAAAAUGGACAUUUUAUGUUGUAUGUGAAAUCGUUUGCCAAGCUAGAUCAUUUGAAAUUCCUGAAAACACUAGAUGUCGGAAAACGUUGAGAGAGAUUUCAUGUUUUAUGAAGCAAACACAUGUGCCACAGGUACCCAAAGGUUCAGCAGUGUUCUUGCAGAGGACAGGCAAAGUGUCAAUGAAAUGUGAGCGUCCUUAAACUCUCUCUAGUGUAGGCCUAUCAGGACCCACAGGCCAGCCAAGAUGCCCGGGCAGAUGUAUGCAAGCGCGAAGGAUGUUUCAUGUAAAGUGUGUGCGUCAUGGUGUGGGAGGGGAGGCAAUUUAAAGCACAGCAGGGGCAGACAAAAGAGGGGCGCUCAGUCCUUUCCACAUAACCCUCGCCCCCACCAAACUGCUUCUCACAUCAUGUUUUUGUUCUUGUCGGUCUCCAAAACUGGAAGUCAUCUCUGCUGUGAUAAAACUGCUGAGGAGAAGCGGGGGG